AUGGGGUUUCAGUAUGGGGAAAAUCCGGUCAUGUCACGACAAUCAGGGCAACAGAUGAUCUCACUUGAUGGUUAUUCUCGGGAUCAAUCUGAUCAACAUUUCGUGGCUACGAAUUCGGAUUUCCAGCUACCAACACCAAACUACAGUCUCACCGGUCCAAUAACGGGUCUGCCACAGUCCCCCAGUUUUUGGAGCAACCAAGCCGUAACCUCGUUCAACUACGGCGAUCAAACCUCAAACGGCUACUACGCAAGCUCAUCAACAGUAACAAGGAAUACUAGCAGUAGUAAUUGCCUGCACAGGAAUCAUGUUUCUGAUAUUCCUCGCACCUGGGAUCCUUAUGACCCGCGGAUAAUCAACAACAGCAGCAUGGUUAUGGAUCAGGUUGAUUCCUUCUACCCAACGGAAGAAGAUCACAGCGAUGUAUCGAUGUCCCCAGCAAUGUCUACACCAGAACUUGGCGAUCGCAGCGACCACCAACGGUAUUCACACACAAGUCUCAGUCAAAGUCCUAAAAUGGAAGAAGAAAGUUUACCAGCUGGGGAGCUUGAUGGUUUUAACCAACCGACGCAAUUCUGCCUCCCAGGCAAGGACGACUCUGAUGAUGGAGGCACCAUGUCCCGUGAGAUGACUGCCGUCGAAAUUGAUGAACAUGCAGCCGAUGAACCAUACGCAAAACUAAUUCAUCGAGCCCUCAUGAGCGUUCCAAACCAUUCCAUGAUACUUCAAGAGAUAUAUCAAUGGUUUCGAGAAAAUACUACAAAAGGCACCCCUGACAAUAAAGGGUGGAUGAACUCCAUUCGCCACAAUCUUUCCAUGAAUGCGGCAUUUCGAAAGACGGAACGGAAGAUCUUUGGUGAUGAGACGAAGAAGUCUACCGAAUGGGUUUUAGCGGACUUUGCUGUGAGGGAUGGAGUCCAGUCUACCACGCGAUAUCGAAAAGGUACAGGAGCGAAGAAGGGUGCAAGAUCGAACAGUCACAUUCGCUCUCGUCAAGACUCUGGCCGGAGAGGAGGUCUGUCGGCAAGUAAAAACAAGUUCACGAGGCAACGAUUUCGGGAGCAGCGUACAGACACGCGUCGGGCUUUGCAAAGCUAUGACUUCUUACAAUCUCAAUAUCAGUCUUCUGCGACAUCCAACAUGGGCGCACGGCACAAUUCGCCAUCAACACCGCCAAGUCAUGAACAGAUGGGUUUGGCCAGUCCGUACUUCAAUACCCACAUGAAAUUGGAGCCUUACGAGAGACCAAUGGACCUAAUCUCCCUUGAGGAUGUGCAAGGGGCUUAUUUGAAUGGUGAACCUGUGUUUACUGAUCAGCAAGAUGGUUCUGGCUAUUUUGAUGGACUCCCUCGCUACUAA